GGGCCAUUCUGGAAGAGGGGCCUUCUGGUGGCUUGGCACCUGGAAGAAACAGCCAGACUGCUGGAGCUGGGAAGUGAGUCGCUCAGGUUUGCUCAAGCAUGUCGGACGUGGAAUUUGGGAGGAUGUCUAUCAAGGAGACCGAGCUGGGCGAUGGCAGCUGCAGCCCCCCCAAGCCCCACUGGUACGAGCAAUACCUGCAGCCGUGCAUCGCGGAGCUGGUGGGCUCGGCCUUCUUCAUCUUCAUCGGCUGCGCUUCGGUCAUCGAGAACUCGGAGGGCACCGGGAGGCUGCAGCCGGCCCUGGCGCACGGACUGGCCCUGGGGCUCACCAUUGCUGUCCUGGGGAAUCUCAGUGGGGGCCACUACAACCCUGCGGUGUCCCUCGGGGCAUGGCUCAUUGGUGGGCUGAACAUGGUGAUGGUCAUUCCCUACUGGAUCUCCCAGCUGCUUGGUGGGCUGCUUGGAGCUGGUCUCGCCAAGGUGCUGACAUUCUCUGGAAGGUACGAAAAUGCCACUGGGGCAGCAUUCACCGCCAUCACGUCAGAUGGCCAACUCACUGCCGCUGUCGGGGGCGAGAUCCUGAUGACCAUGUUCCUGGUCAUGACCGUCUGCAUGGGAGCGAUCAAUGAGAAAACCAGGACUCCUCUGGCCCCCUUCUGCAUUGGCUUCACAGUGGUGGUGGACAUCCUCGCAGGGGGCGCUGUCUCCGGAGCCUGCAUGAACCCAGCCAGAGCAUUUGGCCCUGCAGUGGUUGCAAACUACUGGGACUAUCACUGGGUGUACUGGGUAGGCCCCAUGGGGGCUGGUCUCCUGGUGGGAGCAUUGAUAAGGUUCCUGAUUGGAGACAAGAAAACCCGCUUCUUCCUAAAAUGAGCAGGCACAGUGCAAGCAAGUGGCUCCGUAGCUCUUCCGCGCUUUCGACCAACACCCACCAACCUCUACUAUCGACUUACUAUUUAUUGUGGCUACUUCCAUGUGAACCAGGGCAACCUAGUGUUCCUAGUGGAACGACCCAGGAGCGGAGGGCGGCC